AUGGGGGCCAUGAUUUCCAACACCGCGGCUUCAAUCUGUCUCGGCGUCGGCUUCUGUGGUUUGCUUUGGUUUGCGUGGAGGCGGCGUCGGGUUGCUGCUCUUCCAGACAUCAGCGUGCCCGAGGCACUUUACGCGUUGGCGCGUGCGGAAGACCGAAGCAAACGAGCAGAGUGCGCCAGGGCGCUUACCAGCAUCAUGGCCGGUGAGGUGCAGGUGUUAGAAGAAGUCUUGGAUGAGUCUCGAGGGAAGCACCCCGAGUUCGGAGGUGUGUUGCCUGAUGGACGGGGUGUUCUCUCGGUCGUUCUGGACGACUUGAGCAGCCAUGGCGGCUUAGCAUGCGACACUGAGGCCUUUGCAGACCUGCUUCUGCAGUGCACUGCUUUCGAUGCAAGUUGGGAUGAGACUGAUGAGUGGAAUGAGCUGGUGCUCGAGGCUGUAACAUAUUUGAGGCAAGAUUUGAAGGCGGAAGCCUUUGUUGCAAUUGCCGAGAGCAGCAGCUCGCCUACUGUCCGAGAGAAGGCGUGUGCUUUGCAUCGCCGAUUGCGUGGCGAUCGAACGGCUGAGCCAACCAAAGGCUUGUUGGAGACUUCGGCGGCUAUGCCGGGUGUGCUUUCAAUGAACACCCGCGUGCAGUGCCCAGUAUGCAUGACCAUGCAGAAAGACCUGCUUCGAUGUCCGGCCUGCCGCAACGUCGGCUACUGCUGUGUGCAGCAUCUGCAAGAGGAUGUUCCACGACAUCGUGUUUGGUGCUCCUCGCGAGCCUGA